AACCACCCUUACCAAAAAAACAAAAAAGUAACCACCGUCAUCAUCCCAAUCAAGAGCACCUACAGCACUGAACCUAACUAUUCGUAAAUCUGCAACUCAUCAGAACACUUCUUCCAAAUUCUCCGAUUCAAUCUUCCGAUCGGUCACGCAGAACCGAAUCAAAGAACAAACCCUCUAACCAUUUCACAUUUGCUUCUUUCAAUUUCGUGAAUCACUGAUCAAAUUCAAAAUGCAAAGUUGGUUUUCAGGAGCCACUGAGGACGAUCUCAAACCUUCGUCGUCUUUGCUCGCUGAUUGGAACUCAUACGCUUCUGCUCAAUCCUCACAGGAUGAUGAUUCCGCCAAUUUCCCUUUCGAUAUUGAAUCUGCUGUUAGGUCUGCUAACGACACCGUUUCUGGUACUUUCAGUGUGGUUUCCAAAGGUGUGAGAGAUCUACCUGGCAACUUCCAGUCUGCCACUAGUAGCGUUCCUUCUGGCAAAGCACUUGUUUAUUUUGGUCUGUUUCUGGCAAGUGGGGUCUUCUUUGUUUUCAUUGCUUUUACAUUGUUCUUGCCUGUCAUGGUGGUUAUGCCCCAAAAGUUUGCUAUAUGCUUUACUCUUGGGUGUGGACUCAUUAUUGGAUCAUUCUUUGCUCUCAAGGGUCCAAAGUAUCAGCUUGCUCACAUGUUGUCAAAGGAGAGGCUUCCUUUUACAUUGGUCUUUCUAGGCAGUAUGAUAGGUACCAUAUAUGUAUCAAUGGUGCGUCACAGCUACAUUCUUUCUGUGGUAUUCUCUGUAGUACAGGUUCUCUCACUUGGGUACUAUGCUAUAUCAUACUUUCCUGGUGGAUCUGCUGGAAUGACAUUUCUGACUUCUGCUCUUACCUCCUCAGUAAUGAGAUGUUUUGGGAGGUGACCUUUUUUUGGUUAAUAGGAGUUGAGGUCAGAUAUUUCUCUAUAUAGUAGUUGGCCUGUACAUUUUGUCUCCAGAGAUCUAUCAAUUGAAACCAAAUUGACCUUAAGAAUAUUGUUGAGUUGAAGUAUCAUCUAACACUUUCUUAUAGUUUGAUGUUUGUUGCCACUUGCUAAAUCGGAGUGAAAAAAUUGAAUUGCCUCUUAGACUCGAGUUUCUAAAUGCACAUUGUCUGAUUGAUGAA